AAACACGAAUUAACCCGCGCCGUGUUAAUGUAAACUACUAGAGGGGGAAAAUCGUACAUGUAAACAAGAAAUUAUAUUUACGUUUUUAUGUAAAUUUAUAUGUAUGUAUUCUAACGAGUUUUAAUUCAUAGCUACAAGUUGUUUGACGCAAGAUGGGAUCCUUUGGAGUGACGUCCUGCCGUAGCCCCUCCCCACGUGACGCGUUAGCUCCACCCACAGGCCUCGUUUCCUGGGCGAUACUGCAUUAGUGUGGAGCUCACAGGAGAGUGGGCUAGGUGAUUAGCCGAGGGUAAAGUGUCAUUCACGUCACGCCUAGCUAGCGAUAUUAUUGUGACUUAUGUCUGUGUUUGUUCGUCGGGAUGAACCGAGGCAUCGAAUUUAUUGACCCGGAAUAUUGGAUCCCGGUCUGUGGAUAAAUCAUUCAUUAGUAGAGUCAUGGCCGGACUGAUCAAGAAGCAGAUCCUCAAGCAUCUUUCCAGGUUUGCUAAGAACCUAUCCCCAGAUAAGAUCAACCUGAGCACGUUGAAGGGGGAGGGUCAGCUGACCAAUCUGGAGCUGGAUGAGGAGGUGCUGCAGAACAUGCUGGAUCUGCCCACGUGGCUGGCCAUCAACAAGGUCUUCUGCAACAAGGCCACGAUCCGGAUCCCAUGGACCAAGCUGAAAACACAUCCUAUAGCCCUGUCACUGGACAAAGUUGUGAUGGAAAUGAGUACCUGUGAUGAGCCACGCCCACCUAAUGGACCCUCUCCUAUUGCAACAGCCUCAGGUCAAAGUGAGUAUGGUUUUGCCGAGAAGGUAGUUGAGGGCAUUUCUCUUUCUGUGAAUUCCAUCGUUAUCCGGAUCAGUGCCAAGGCCUUCAAUGCAUCGUUCGAGCUCUCGCAGCUGCAGGUCUACAGCGUAAACACCAGCUGGGUGACCGGCGACCUGCGCUACACGCGCAUCCAGGACCCUGCCCGUGGAGAGAUCCUGACCUUUAAGGAGGUUAGCUGGCAGAUGAUCCGCAUUGAGGCUGAUGCCAUCCAGAGCUCCGAACACGAGGUGCUCAGCGCCCCUAUCCGUCUCAUCACCAAUCAGUCUAAGAUCAGAGUCACGCUUAAGAGGAGGAUGAAGGACUGCCACGUUGUGGCGUCUAAACUGAUCCUGAUCUUGGACGACCUGCUGUGGGUGCUGACGGAUUCGCAGCUCAAAGCCAUGGUGCAGUACGCCAAGUCUCUGAGCGAGGCCAUGGAGAAGUCAGCACUGCAGAGGAAGAGCAUGGCUCCUGACUCUUCUCAGGCAACCACAGCCCCCAUCUCUGCACAGCAGGUACACACACAGCAGGCCUCAGCCGCAACGGACCCAAGUGCCUCUAUGGCUCAACUCUUCAAUGCCUUCAAUGUGUGUGAAACCUCCCACCACCUGCAGAUUACACACCUCGACUUGCACAUCUGUGACGACAUCCACGCCAAGGACAGAGGGAUUGGUAAGAGGAUUCAAGGCGGGGCCAUGCAGCUCUCGUUCAGUUCCAUCACCGUAGACUACUAUCCGUUCCACAGAGCAGGCGAGACCUGUCAGCACUGGAUGCACUACAGUGACGCCACAAAGACCCGUGAAGGCUGGGUUCAUUCACUGUUGGAAGAAUAUAGAUCUAACAUGGAAAUGCUGAAAAAUGUCAUCAGCGGACAAUCGCAGUGCUCCCCUCAACAUGGCAAAAUCUCUACCAGCACUAGUACUUCCUUCUCCCCACCACCCAACCCCAAGGCUCAGCUCAUGUCUAGCUCCAUCGUACUGCGCCUGGCUGACUUCAGUAUUUACCAGGUGUCAACAGCGGAUCAGCGGCGCUCCUCUCCUAAGGCUAUGAUAUCCUGUAAUAAAAAGACCCUGUACCUGCCACAGGAGAUGCCCGCUAUCCAUCUGGAAUUCACAGAAUAUUACUUCCCUGAUGGAAAGGACUACCCCAUUCCCUGCCCUAACCUAUAUGUGCAGCUGAAUGCCCUGCAACUAGUCGUGGAUGCACAAAGCCUGGUGUGGCUCAACCUGUUUGCUCUGGAUUUGCGCCACAGCCUGGUCCAGUUCAUGGAGCUCUAUAAGCUCAAUGACUCCCAAAAACCCGAUGAGCACAUUGACAUCCGAGUAGACGGUCUCAUGCUAAAGUUGGUGAUUCCUGGUGACCAGAAUCAGUUAGAGCCAGACCAGCCCUGCUCCAUUUCGGUGCAGACAUCUGAAAUGGUGGCCACGAACACACGACACUCGCCUGGCUGCUCCCGCUCUGACCUUGAGGCUCUGCUGCAGGCUUUCCGAGAGCAGGCCUUCUUCACCUCCUCCACGUCCUCCUCAUUUCCUGUGCUUCACCCAGUCUUCCAACGGCAUGCACAUGAAAGGGACACAUGCCUGCAUGAUGUCUACCGUGGUCUGGCACCUCCUGCCCUCAGCACUGAUGCCCUCAGGACACCAGCAGCCACCGAUCUGUGGGCCCUACGCUUCACCCAAUUCUGGGUGGACUACGAGGGUCCCCGAAGCCACCGGCCCACGCCGUGUGUUGAUUCCUUCCCGCUCACCCUGUGGCUGUGCCAGCCUGCCCGCUAUCUUCAGCACCAGCAGAGACCAAAGGCAGCAGCAGGCACAGGGACAGUGCCAGUGCCAACUGAUGUCAGUGGUCGACUGCAAAGGAAAAAACUGUUGAAGGAGUAUUACAGCACCGAGAUGCUGGGUAACCAACCAACCAAUGGCCUGCACAAGCCUUUCUCUCUGGAUGGACUGAAUGCUGCUGACUCUUCCUCUGUCGCCUCUUCCUCUUCUUCAUCCACUGGAGAUGCGGACAUGCAGGUGUUGGUACAUGUACAGAAGCUGCUGAGUGUGCAAGCUAGCCAUAGCCAGUAUGUGUUUCUGCUUAAACUGCAGCAAACACUGAAUUCCCUGCAGCGCAAACUGCAGCAGGACCUGCAGCAGCACGGCCUGGCACAUCAAGGUACUGGACGGACGUUUGGUGCGUGUGUGGGCCUCCUGGUGAAAAGUGCUGAGGUCGCACUUAUGCUGAAGCCCGUGCCUACAGCUGAUGCAGACAGCAGCCCUCUGGGUUCUGAGCUCUCGCCGUCUGGGAGCAGAGCCACGCUGGAAGUUGGCAGUGAGGCAGGAGACAGCACAGCAGGCACAGCCAAACUCACCUGUCCUGUUGAGCAGCUGCUGCUGUGUGUAGACACAGAGGUACAGAGCCAGAGUGCUCCACCUCUCCUGCCUCUUUCAGCAUCCUCCCAAACUGAGAAGAAAGGUUCUAUUGAGGAGAAAAAUGCAUGGUCAGGCCCAGAGAGUGAGGCUUCACUUGGCAGGACUGUGGCAGUGGACUCCAUGGGCGAGCCAAUGUCUAGGGACUGGAAUGACAAGAGCCAGGGAGCUAGACUACCUCAGUCUAUGUCCAGUGGGCGCCUGAUGAGGGAUCGAUCGCAGUCGAACUUCUCUGUGGGAUAUAAGAACAUGAAGAGUCCUUCACUGCAGUCUCUGGACAACAUCUCCCUAGACAGCUCCUUACUGGAAGACUACGAUUCGUACAGCAUGCUGGAGAGAGACGAUGUGUCUAUCUCUGGGUUUAAAGUCACUAUGGGUGAUCUGAACACUGCUGAGCGGGCCACUGAGGUGAUGGUGCAGGAUGGAGAAGAUGGCCAGUCACCCGAAGCAGUCAGUGCCACCUCACAGAGUACUGACGAGCGCGCCAAAGAUCUGGUGUCGGUGCUGGUCCUGAAGGUGCACUCAGUGUGUGCCUCCCUGAACAUGAGAAGUGAUAACACUACUCUAGCUCUGGAGGUGGGGCAGGUCCGCACCAAUCAGCUCGGCAAUGUCAGUCUACGCCAGUAUCUUAGCAACCACAGUCUCGGCUCAGCCUCAGACCAGGAGCCCCGCAGUAAGCAGCUGGAGCCAGAGGUCCGAGUCCGGCUGGAGAGCGGGCCGAAAGCGGCUGCUCGCUCCCCUCUGGCCGAGCACAACGGCUUCCUGCAGUGCCGGCUGCAGGCCUUCAGCGCUGACUUCCUCAUGACAUCUCUGAGAAAUCUUGCCAUCUUCCUCGAUGAUAAUUCCACCUCUCGCGUGCUCCCGAUGGAGAUCACGAUCCGAGAUACACACGUUAACCUGAAGGAUGACGGUCCCCGGGACAGCCCUUCAGAGCCGGAACCCACUCCCAUGUCCCUACAUAUCCACAACCUUCUGGUGCUGCGCAGAGAUGAUGGCUCCUUCCACAUUGGAGUCGAGCAUGGUGCACAGAUAGAGCCUCAGGAGAUGCAGCCCGUUCCUGACAACAGGCAUAUUUCUGCCCCUGAAGUGCGUGAGGCUGUAGCCAGCGAGCCGAAAGCCACACAGACUGCACCUCUGUCACCCACAAGUCCCACCCCCACCAGCAGAGAAAAGAUGCUGGUGGAGGAGAACGAGUGUUUGAAACUGGAACUUUCCAGAACCAAGAUGGCACUUGCUGAGGCCCAAAUGGAGAAAGACUCCCUGUUGCACCGUAUGAAGAACAUCAAACUCACCAGCUAGGCUCGAACUGUGCAGCAACGCCCACUGAAGAUACUCUGUACCCCCUUCCCCUCUUCUUUCCCUUCAUCAUCUGUUUUUUUUAUCAUUCACUUCCCAUAUCAGACUUUAGGGAAUCCGUUUGCCUGUGUGUGUGUGUGUGUGUGUGUGUGUGUGUGUGUGUGUGUGUGUGUGUGUGUGUGUGUGUGUGUGUGUGUGUGCGCGUGUGUGUGCGCGUGCGUUCGCGCACAUUCUGUUCUCUGAGGACUUGUCUUAAAUGGAUGUUGACUCUGAAUGUCAUAUUUUGAAAAGAAUGUCUUCAAAUAAAAGUCAAUUUGCACAACGCUGAGCGAUAUAUAACAACAUGUACAGAUAGAUAGCUAUUUAGCUAUUCACCGAUUGUGUUCGUGUGUACAGUAUGGAUAAACACAGAAGAAAUUUUUGUAAAGCGUUUUGAACGGCCCGCUUUUUGGCGAACUAUGCGUGCGUGUGUAAAUGGGUGAGGGUUUUUUUUUUUUUUUUAAUGUAUAUUGUUUUAUUACUUAAAAAAAAAAAAAAAACUUUUCUUAAUUGCUUCAUUCCACGCGCACUACAGUAACUUCCAUGACACGAGAUUGCACAUAGCUGUGGAAUUAUUGUGUGUGUGUAUGUAGCGUGUGUUUAGAAGGCGGCACUUUCCUUAUUGUAGUAGUUGUUAGCCAGUUGUGUGUGUGUGUGUGUGUGUGUGUGUGUGUGUGUGUGUGUGUGUGUGUGUGUGUGUGUGUGUGUGUGUGUGUGUGUGUGUCUGCGCUACCAUUCAUCGUGUUGUAGGACAUAUAUUGGUAUGAUGAGUUUUUUUUAUGAACUGAAGUGCUGCACGGUGUUUGCAGUUGCGGUGCUGCUCGAGCCUGUGUAAUUCUCCGUGGAGAUCUUCACAAUAAGACAAUGGGCUAAUAUUUCUCGCAUUACGGUAUACACACACUUGCUUGACGGUUGUUUUCUUUUCUUUCUUUCUAUUUUUUAAUGCAGAACAACACUUUUUUUCAAAUGUUUGUAAGUAAGGGUGUGACUCACACUGAAACCAAAUUUAGUUUAAUUGAAUCCACUGCUUUAGAGGAUUGUUUGUUUUGUGUAUUUAGGCGAAGAGGGCAUAAGUCCUAUGUUUUUGUAUGUGCAGUAAUUUGUGUAUUAAUGCUUCUUAGUUUAGACCAAAGCUGCCAUGACUUGUGCCCUCUAUUCAGCACAGCCUGUCCUCAUUCUGAACAAAAUCAGCCCUACAACUGAGAACUCCAUCCAUGGAAAAUGUACUGACGAGAACAUGUGGAAUAAAUUAUUAUGGAAAAGCUGCUGGAACAUCUGAAAUAAAAUAAUGACAAAACGGAAGCUUUUCUAGAAUGUUGCUCAAAGUGUUUCAGAAAUAUAUACAGUACUGUGCAAAAGUCUUAGGCACACUAUCUUUAAGUAUAAACUUUGUUAUAGAUUUUUAUUUUAUGACUUCUACAUUAUCGAGUCGUUUUAGAUAUCGUUACAAACAUUUUAGAUUUCCCAGCAUUAGUUUUCCAUAGAAGAAAUGUUUGUAUGUCAUUCAAGCGCACCUAUUAUGGUUUUGAAAUGUGAUUAAUUUAGUUUUAAAGGUCUCAUACGAUGGAUUUACACGCGUCCGAGGUCAGAAAACACUUUAACGUGCUCAGGAUUUAAACUGCAGCGUUACCUUUUUUCCCCGCAGUGUCAUAAAAGGCUCAUUAAAUGAUUCAUUCUAAACUCCUCCUUUCAGAGAGCAUACUCUGCUCUGAUUGGUCAGAUGUCCCAGUCUGUUGUGAUUGGUCUACGCUGUCAGCGCCCACUACCGUAACGCGUUUCAGCUCCGUCUGUCAGCGAGCAGCGAUGAAGACCAGAGGCGGGGCUUUGUGUUACGAACCUACGUAGGUUAGUACAGGAAGUGAGUCUGGAAUCACUAUCGAGUCGUUUCAGCCGUUCAGAAUCGAUUCCUUCGUUUGGGAGUCGAUAACUCCGUCUGUCCUGCGCUUUGAUUGUUGAAACUUUGCAGACUUUUUACAUUCACAAACAGCUACGUAUAUCACACACUACAUGACCGGUAAUAUCUGAAAAACCAUAAUAGGUGCACUUUAAAGAAACCAGCAUAUUACUUAAGAGACACUUUUCAGACAAAAAACACAAUGAAGGCUGCGGGGUUUUACUGAAUAAAGAAGACGCGAGUGCGACAGUCACAGUCUCCAGAAGAACCGUGGCUGGUUCUGCAAGAUGCUCAAUAAAACUUGCAGCUCAGUUCCUUAUAAAACUUUCAAAAGUGUACCUGAGACUUUUUUUUUCUUUUUCUUUUUUUUUUUUUUUUAAAGCAAAGGGUUUCAUUUAUUACUGCACUUUAUAGUAUUUUUAUUUAAUGUAGAAGCAUUUAAUUUCUUUAUUUUUGAAGGCAUUUUUGCUGUACAGCAUUUCUUUGCAUGUGCCUAAGUCUUUUGCACAGUACUGUAUGCCUUUUCUUCUGUGAUGUAAAGAUGCAAUAAGUAAAAUGUAAACGAUUUUUUGCCAGACUUUGGAAUUUUUUUAAAGCUAAAAUAAACAGUUUGUAGUGAUGUUA